AUGUCAGUACUUGAUUAUGAGCCGGAACUUUUUCCAGGGCUGAUCUAUCACAUGAAGCAGCCGAAGAUUGUUCUUCUUAUAUUUGCAGGGAAAAUUGUUAUUACGGGUGCGAAGGUAAGAGAGGACACGUAUAAGGCCUUUGAGAACACAUCCCCUGUCCUCACAGAGUUCAGGAAGGUCGAGCAAUGGUGUGUCUCCCUCACUCCCAAGAGCGAAAACAAAAAAUCUGUUGCUUGA